AUGUACUCCAACAGAUACGAGGGACCGAGGAGAGGACGAUCAUUUGAAUCCAUGAACUCCGGUUUGGACGAGAAGCAGCUGAAUAACGAGGUUAGUCGAUCGAAUUUCAGCAAAAUUGAAGAAAAUAAGGAGAAUAAAGAGAAUUGCAAUGUGUCUGUAGAGCGGGGACGAGUGGCUGUUGUCUUCUCACUGAAAAAUGAAGUAGGAGGGUUGGCGAAGGCACUGAAACUCUUCCAGGAGAAACAUGUGAACCUGGUUCACAUCGAGUCUCGAAAGUCCAAGAGAAGGAACUCUGAGUUUGAGAUCUUCUUGGACUGUGACAGUAACAGAGAACAACUCAAUGAAAUCAUCCAAAUUUUGAAAAGCCACUUUAAUGUGGUCACCCUGAACCCACCUGACAACUCCUAUGCACAGGGAGAUGAUAUGGAAACUACUCCCUGGUUUCCAAAGAAGAUUACUGAUCUGGAUAAAUGUGCAAACCGUGUGCUGAUGUAUGGCUCGGAUCUGGAUGCAGAUCACCCGGGAUUCAAAGACAACGUCUACCGGAAGAGGAGAAAAUAUUUUGCUGACCUGGCCAUGGACUACAAACAUGGUGACCCCAUUCCACGGGUAGAAUUCACAGAGGAAGAAGUGAAUACCUGGGGUACAGUUUUCCGAGAGUUGACCAAGCUGUACCCGACACAUGCCUGCAGAGAAUAUCUGAAGAAUUUGCCUCUGCUGACAAAGUAUUGUGGCUACAGGGAGGACAAUGUUCCUCAGUUGGAGGAUGUAUCCAGGUUCCUAAAAGAAAGGAGUGGGUUCACUAUCCGACCAGUAGCUGGUUACCUGUCUCCUCGGGAUUUCCUGGCUGGUCUGGCAUUUCGAGUGUUUCAUUGCACUCAAUACGUGAGGCACAGCUCAGACCCUCUGUACACCCCUGAACCCGACACAUGCCAUGAGCUAUUGGGACACGUUCCUCUUCUGGCUGAACCCAGUUUUGCUCAAUUUUCUCAGGAGAUUGGCUUGGCCUCUUUGGGAGCAUCUGAUGAAGCAGUUCAGAAACUAGCCACAUGCUACUUUUUUACUGUGGAAUUUGGUCUGUGUAAGCAAGAUGGCCAACUCAGAGUCUAUGGAGCAGGUCUGCUGUCUUCUGUCAGUGAACUGAAGUACUCACUCUCAGGAAAUGCCAAGGUGAAGCCUUUCGAUCCAAAAGUCACAAGCAAGCAGGAGUGUCUCAUCACCACGUUCCAAGAUGUCUAUUUUGUUUCAGAAAGUUUUGAAGAUGCAAAAGAGAAGAUGAGGGAAUUUGCAAAGGUCAUCAAGCGCCCGUUUGGUGUGAGAUACAACCCAUACACACAGAGUGUGGAGAUUCUGAAAGACACCAAGAGCAUCACAAAUGUUGUAAAGGAACUUCGUCAGGAGCUUGAUAUUGUUUCAGAUGCUCUCAGCAGGAUCAAUAAGCAAUUCGGCAUCUGA